AUGUCCGUGCUGUUCGCAGCCGCCUUCAACAUCGUAUCGAGCGUGAGUAUAAUCCUCGUCAACAAGCAGAUUGCUUCAGUAUGCCGCUUCGACUUCAUCCUGACCAUGCUUUUUCUCAACUUUCUGACGACAGCGUCGUUGUUGGAAGUGCUGGCAAAGCUCCGGUGGUUUGAGAAGAAGCACCUGCCAAUGCGCGAACGAGACACAUCAGCAAUCCAGGUUUGGUGA